AUGUAUGGAUUACGUAGCCACAUUCGUGUGAGAACUUCCAGAAUCCAGAAACAGACACCUCACGACUGCACUAAGACUCCUCACGACUGUGUUAAGACUCCUCACGACUGUGUUAAGACUCCUCACUACUGUACUAAGACUUUUCACGACUGUGUUAAGACUCCUCACGACUGUACUAAGACUCCUCACGACUGCGUUAAGACUCCUCACGGCUGUACUAAGACUCCUCACGACUGUGUUAAGACUCUUCACGACUGUGUUAAGAUUCCUCACGACUGUACUAAGACUCCUCACGACUGUACUAAGACUCCUCACGACUGUACUAAGAUUCCUCAUGACUGUGUUAAGACUCCUCACGACUGUGUUAAGACUCCUCACGACUGUAUUAAGACUCCUCACGACUGUGUUAAGACUCCUCACUGCUGUACUAAGACUCCUCACGACUGUACUAAGAUUCCUCACGACUGUACUCCUAACGACUGUAUAAAGACUCCUCACGACUGCACUAAGACUCCUCACGACUGUGUUAAGACUCCUCACGACUGCACUAAGACUCCUCACGACUGUUUUAAGACUCCUCACGACUGCAAUAGGACUCCUCACGACUGUACUAAGACUCCUCACGACUGUACUAAGACUCCUAACGACUGUAUAAAGACUCCUCACGACUGCACUAAGACUCCUCACGACUGUACUAAGACUCCUCACGACUGUGUUAAGACUCCGCGCGACUGUACUAAGACUCCUCACGACUGUACUAAGACUCCUCAUGACUGUGUUAAGACUCCUCACGACUGUAUUAAGACUCCUCACGACUGUACUAAGAUUCCUCACGAUUGUAUUAAGACUCAUCAGGACUGCACUAAGAUUCCUCACGAUUGUGUUCAGACUCCUCACGACUGUACAAAGACUCCUCACGACUGUAUAAAGACUCCUCACGACUGUACUAAGAUUCCUCACGAAUGUGUUAAGACUCCUCACGACUGUACUAAGACUCCUCACGACUGUACUACGACUCAUAACGACUGUAUAAAGACUCCUCACGACUGUGUUAAGACUCCUCACGACUGUACUAAGACUCCUCACAACUGUACUAAGACUCCUCACGACUGUACUAAGAUUCCUCACGACUGUACUAAGACUCCUCACGACUGUACUAAGACUCCUCACGACUGUACUCCUAACGACUGUAUACAGACUCCUCACGACUGUACUAAGACUCCUCACGACUGUGUUAAGACUCCUAACGACUGUGUUAAGACUCCUAACGACUGUAUAAAGACUCCUCACGACUGUACUAAGACUCCUCACGACUGUACUAAGACUCCUCACGACUGUGUUAAGACUCCUCACGACUGUGUUAAGGCUCCUCACGACUGUACUAAGACUCCUCGCGACUGUACUAAGACUCCUCACGACUGUGUUAAGACUCCGCACGACUGCACUAAGACUCCUCACGACUGUACUAAGACUCCUCACGACUGCCUCCCGGUUUACUCCGACGUGUGCAAGACUCGCAUAUAA